UAUGGGCGUAUCUUGAUUCCUGUCGUUAUUUAUGGUUAAACUAUACAAACGAAGAGAGAUGUUCUGUGGUAAAAGUCCCGUCAUGAUAUAAUAUAAUAUCAUGGUCUCUAACAUCAACAAACAACAGAAACGUUUAUUACGUUUAAAGUAGUCAUUUGUGAAUUCUGUACUGUUUCCUCGAAUAUAUGGAUGCGGGGAACGGACAGAAGCCCUCCAAUGGGCAACCUUAUGUUAGUACCAACAAUGCAGGAACGGAAAAGGGAAAAGAAUGGCAAAUGGAGUUGAUGAUGGAGAAGUUACGAUCAAAGGCUUCAGGAUUUAAGUCUUUGGUCGAAACUGCCAAAAAUUUACGUAUGACUAUGUUGGACAAACGAUUUGCCAUUGACAGCGUAGAAAAAAAUCAGCUGCAAAAAUGCUUAGAUACUCUGCAACAUUCUAUAAAAGUGACAUCUUUACAAUCUAUGGUAGAACGUUUAGAAAGUUUAACAAGGCAAUUAGGAUUAAAAUUUAUGAUGUCAGGACCACCAGGCACGGAGCUUUUUAUAUCAUCCGAUAUGUUUUUUUUAGAAGUUCUUUUGGAAACAACGGGUGUAGUUAAAGAUGUCAAAAUUCAUCAUGAAGGAAAGAAUGAACAGCAGAGUUGCGAAGUACUGGCCUCUUGUCUAUCCCGGGGUGAUUUUGUGGAUUUUACGACACAGUUGGAAGGCUUAGCUUCUAUAUAUCAAUUAAAUGCAGAUAAAAAAGUGAAAUGUAAAGCAUUCAGUGCUUUACAAUCUUUAGAGGCUGAUUUAGGAGUUCUGGCACAACUUCAGACAUUUAUGAAGGAACCUUUUAAUCUUGUUCACAAAAGUCCAGUUGGAAUUCUUGAAAGACGGAAAGGAGGUCAUCCUAUGAAAUUAACAUAUUUUGUAUCACCUUAUGAUUUAAUAGAUCAAGAAAAUCGUACUUGUGAUGUUUUAAAUCCAGAAACUGUUAUUAAACGAAAAAUUGGUCAUUCUGUUACUGUUUGUAUGGAAGGUUCAACUGCUCACAAGCUGCCUACAACUAGUAUCAUAACUGUAAAUAGAAGUAACACAGGAAAGAGCACUCCAUCGUAUGCUCCUUUAACUGGCACAAAUUCAUCAAUGUUACCUGCCUGUUUUGUAUUAAAACUCACUAAAAAAAUGCCAAUGUGUAUGGAAUUAGUACGACGGAUACAAAAAGUAACUGAAUUAGAGUGCGCAGAUGUAUCAUCACCUCACUCCUUGUUAAGUUUAAUAGUACAACAUGCUAGUGAUGGAUCUUUAGAUGGUCGAAAUAACAGAGGACUUUAUGUUACCUUGCCAGAUCAACAUCAUUGUUAUUUCAUGACAGAAAAUAAGAAUAUGGAAGGAGUUUUAAUAGGCAGUAUUCCUUUCACACAUCCAGCACACGUUCCACAAAUUCUUGUAUAUCUACGGCAACAAGCUCUCUUCAAUUCUUUAAUUUCAAGUUGCGUAAGACCUAUGGCUCGUAUAGAUCCAGAACAUACAAUUAUAUUUGAGGUAAGCGCUUUAUCAUGGCAACACAUAUCCAUAAGCCUGGAACAUCCAUUCGAAGAAACAAUGGCAACAGCAGAAUUAAAUCUAACGGACAUAUCUGCAUUGAAAUGCAAACUUUACGGUGUAAGCAUGAUGAAUGCAGAACAAAUUUCAGACUUAACUGGUAAAGUCUUACAAAGAUGUCUCAGUAUACCAUUAACAAUGAGAACGUUGAUGAAGACUUGGGAAGGUCGAAGCGCAUUACCAGUGAAUACUAUGAGCGGUGGAAAUGGAAAUUACAACACAAAUAUAGGGCCUGGAAAAGAUCAGAAUGGUCAGGCUGGUUCUAAUAUGCCUGACUUCGCUAAUGCAGACACAAAAAUCAGGCAAGAAUCUGACUUAAGUAAUGGAAAUGGAACUAUUGGACGACAGCAAACUUUACAACAACCACAACAGCAGUCUUUUUUAGAUGCCGGAACGGAGAAUAGUAUCGGGUUUCCGUCAUAUUCCGGCCAAUCCGAUACAGCAACCGCUGCUAUGCUAAAUCCUCUACAACUGAGUGCAUUACUGGGUCAAGCGAAAAAUUCUUUAGCAAAUCCUUCAAGUGAAAAGACGAAAAAGACACGCAAAAGGAAAAUCGCAGAAGGAUUUUGGCGCAGUCCUAAAAGGAAAGGUGAAGAUACUAAUGAAAUAUUAUUAGAAAGUUCAAGCUCGGACUCGACACCACUUGGAACACCAACCAGUGGAAGGGAGAAUACAAAUGAAACUAGAACGUCUACUCCAACUUCUGCUGCUAGUUUAGCCAGUGGUAUAGACUUUACUAAUCUCGAUCCCGGCGAUGUGUUAAGUACGGAUAAAAGUUCGGAUUAUGAUCUAGACAAUGAAAGUGAAAUUGUAGAGGUACACGAAGUUCAGGGUGUGGAUGAUCUUAUUAAAAGAGAUCGUAAAUCAAAGAAACGUGAAGAAAAAAAGAGUCCGAAUAUAUUUGAAGAGAAUAAAAAUCUUGUACCCCCAUCAGUAAGUAUAACACCAAUUUCAAAUAGUAACGUGAGUCAAACAACAAAUUAUAAUUCUGUACUUACGAGUAUGGGUUUGGAAAGGAGACCUGGAAUUGAGAUUAUACCCAUAGCAUCAUCACCGCAAGCCAGUUUACCAAGUUCUAUAACUAUAACUCCAAUAGCAGGACCAACCACAGCAAAGACUAUGACGGAAGAGCGUAGAGAAAGAAAAAGUUCCAAAAGUAAAUCAACAGAGGAUAAGGGAAAAUUAGAGAAAAGACGUAAACGUAAAAGAGAAGAUAAUCCAAUGGGACCACCACCAGACAAAUUACCUUCCAAGCAAGAUCCUUUAUCCAAACCUGUUUCGGUGAGCAUCAAACCCACCGAAUCCCCUCCAAGUGUAGGUUCUCGUCCAUCAUCUCCAUCAGCUACUAUAAGAAAAUUCAGUCCGUCCCCGACACACAGUAGCCCGCUUGUCCUCGUUGGUAAGUCCAGUCCCACAUUAAAGCAAUCAACGAGCAAACCCGUACAAAGUCCGAAACAUUCACCUGUCUAUAGUAGUAGUCCUAAACACAUGUCUGUACCUGCAAGCGUAAGUCCAAAGCAUGGAACGUCGUCACCGAAACAUGGUAGCUCAACGAGUACAGGAAAGCCAAGUAUGUCUGCCCUCAAGUCAGCAACAAAUUCCCCUUCCAGCAAAACUAGCGAUUCAAUAUCAUCGAAAAUUAAGUCUUCCUCAUCGUCCUCCAGUAAAGAUUCUAGUCGUGAAAAAGAAAGGAAAACGUCAUUAAGUUUUGGAAGUACAAGUGGUCAUCAAAGUCCAAAGACUAAAUCUUCUGGUACUAAGGUAAAACAAUUGGAUUUAAUACCUGGUACUGAGAUUCAAUCGACUGUAUCUAACAGUGGUGGUAACACACCACCUUCCGGUAGCUCCGAUAUUUCAAAGUCGACUAUAGCUCAACAACAGGCAAGAAAUAGAAAGGGUUCUCUUAGCGCGGUUAUAGAUAAAUUAAAAAAUGCUCAACAUUGUACGGAUGAAGGUGGAAAUGGCGGACAGAAAACGAGCAGCGGAGGUAGCUGUAGUACGAGUAGUCAAAAAGAAAGGAACGUCAGUAGUUCGUCGAACAAGAAUGUAGAGGGAAAGUGCGUUAUCAAGAAUUCUUCCAUCGACGCGAAGAAUCCCGCAGAAUAUAUGGUUAAACAUAGUUCGGAUGGCAUGAAGAUAACGAUCAACAAAACUCGUACGAAGGAUUCAAAGUCAGGAACGAGUAUAAAGCUUUCAUCGACCGCCGUUACAUCGGUGACUGGUGUACCUUCGACAACAGUAUCAUCUGGUUCUGUGGUAGGAAAUGGAUCAUCCAAAGCUCACACAGGUUUGAAACCUGGUGUGAAUUCUGGGCCUGCAUCAAAGAAGCCACAAUCUCAUGCAUCACCCAAGUUACCUGGUUCGUCUAGUUGUAGUAGCACUAGUGGAAAUAGAACUGGCUUGUUAGGUCAGAAGGUAUUGCCAACGUUGAAAUCAAUGUCCGGAGGAAAUACUAGCAGUGGUAAUGGCGGAGGAGUCGUAGGAGGUGUCAGUGGUAGCGGCAGUGGAUUAUUGGGUAAAGGUUCCUCUACAUCGAAAUCUUUAGGCUCACCGAAAACAACCAGCUCUAGUGUUACCGAUCUCAGUCGUAAUCGCGAUAAAUUGAGGAUGGCUAAAUCAACGGAGAAAAAUAUUUUUGGAUCUAAAAGUAUGACAGAUUCGAGGAAGUCUAGUCCUUCCGCUCUUCGCGAGGAAAGCGAAAGCGAAAGAGCUUUUAAGCUACUCGCAGCUCAUGCUUCUAUUUCCAGUUUGCCUAGUUUACCAAGUUUACCGCCUCAGCUUGUCGUCGAUGGUUUAAUGAAGCAACUUGAUACCAAGUUUCAAAUACCAAAGUUGUCAGCUCGCGUAAACGUCGAUAACAGCGAGAAGAAAUUAUCAGAAUCUGGAAAGUCGUUGGAUAAUCUCGCCGUAAAGCAAAUGGCAGAUCAAGGAAAGCUUCAAACGAUCUCCAAUCCCGUAUCUUCGAUCGCGAAAAGUAAUACGGAUGAUCAGACACAGAGUACACAAAACAGACGAGAUCAUGUACAAACGAAGCCCGACAAUCUUUCCAUGCCGACUUCAACGACAAUGCCGAUAAACGUGGGAUCCGAUAGUACAAGUGGCCUUCUGCUACAACCUCCAGCUGCGGUCAGUUCCCAUGAUUCUAAUGUUCCGACCAACCUUUCGAUGCAAUCCGUUGAUGAUUCUCGAGACUCAUGUCAGGAAACAUCGGUAGGUAGACCUGCCGCGCAAUUUUUAAGUAACACGUUGAGCGGUUCUGGCACUAGUAAGGAUGAUACUAAUAACAGCAAUGCCGUCAUGGCCCUUCUUCCUAAAGGUUCGGAAUCCCUGUGUAUAUCAAAAUCGAUGUAUCCGCCAUUGGCAAGCGGAUCUUCCAAUGCUACUGGAAACGGUGCAAAUGGUGCCAGUUGCGCUAAC